AUGGCUUCAAACGCAAAGGUUCCCCGAAACUUCAGGCUCCUAGAAGAGCUAGAGAAAGGCGAGAAGGGUUUAGGAGCAGAGGCCUGCUCUUACGGUCUUGCCGAUGGCGAGGACAUGAUGAUGAGCAACUGGAAUGGCACCGUCCUUGGUCCCCCUCACUUAACAUCGGCGUCACGCGACAAUAGAGCGUCCACGAGAACAGGAUAUACAGCCUCAACAUUCAUUGCGGUCCCGAAUACCCCGAUAGCCCUCCGACUCUGCAGUUCAUCUCGCGCGUCAACCUCCCAUGCGUUGAUGCCCACUCGGGCAAGGUUCGAUUUACUCAAUACCGAGCAGACAGUAGCUGGGAAAGCUAAUGGUUCUCAGGUCGACCCCGCCAAGUUGCCUUGUCUGGCCCAGUGGAAGCGCGACUACACUAUGGAGACUGUCUUGAUUGAACUUCGGAGGUACAUGGCUUUGCCACAACAUAAGAAGCUUCCUCAACCUCCCGAGGGCUCGACGUUCUAG